UGUUUGUGUAGAGGAAGUUUUGUUUUGCGAGUUUUCCGUCCGUUUCGACUAACCGGGUGUUUAGUUAAUGCGCUUAAAAGAGCACGAAAUUGUAUUCGUGUGAAUUGCAAUCCCGGUAACGGCUCAAUUAUCCAAGAAGAGACUAAAAGUUCGAGCUGUUUGAAGCGGUGGGACUCUUAACGUUACACCUCCGUAACCGGAGAGCACCUUCCUGCUAGGCUAACGUCACAUUAGCUAACUUAGUUAGCGCGGCUAGCGGUGAACUCUGGUUCGCGUUGUGUUGAAGGAGCUCUCCGAGCUAAAGAAGUCAUGGGGAACCGGGGCAUGGAGGACCUGAUUCCCCUGAUCAACAAGCUUCAAGACGCUUUUAGCUCCAUUGGCCAGAGUUGCAAUUUGGACCUUCCCCAGAUUGCUGUGGUUGGUGGACAGAGCGCUGGAAAAAGCUCGGUCUUGGAAAAUUUUGUCGGCAGGGACUUUCUUCCACGUGGAUCGGGCAUUGUUACCCGCAGACCUCUCAUUCUGCAGCUGGUUAACAAUAAGGCCGAAUAUGCUGAAUUCUUGCACUGCAAAGGGAAAAAGUUUGUGGAUUUUGAUGAAGUGCGGAUGGAAAUUGAAGCGGAAACCGAAAGGAUAACGGGCUCCAACAAAGGCAUCUCUCCAAUCCCUAUUAAUCUGAGGGUCUACUCUCCUAACGUGCUGAACCUGACCCUGAUUGACCUUCCGGGGAUGACAAAGGUUGCCGUUGGAGACCAGCCUGUUGACAUAGAGCACCAGAUCAGGGAGAUGCUGAUGCAGUUCAUCACCAAGGAGAGCUGUUUGAUUCUGGCCGUCACACCCGCCAACACCGACCUGGCCAACUCGGACGCGCUGAAGAUCGCCAAGGAGGUGGACCCUCAGGGUCUGCGCACCAUUGGUGUAAUAACCAAACUGGACCUGAUGGAUGAAGGGACGGACGCAAAGGACAUCCUAGAAAAUAAGCUCCUGCCACUGCGACGAGGCUACAUUGGUGUGGUGAACCGCAGUCAGAAGGACAUUGAUGGGAAGAAGGACAUUCGCGCUGCCAUGGCCGCAGAGAGGAAGUUCUUCCUCUCCCACCCUGGCUACAGACAUCUUGCAGAGCGCAUGGGCACGCCACAUCUACAAAAGACACUCAACCAGCAAUUGACCAACCACAUCAGAGACACCCUUCCUGGUCUGCGCAGUAAGCUGCAGAGUCAGCUCCUCUCGCUGGAGAAGGAGGUGGAGGAGUACAAGAACUUCCGUCCAGAUGACCCAACACGCAAGACCAAGGCCCUGCUGCAGAUGGUGCAGCAGUUUGGCGUGGACUUUGAGAAGUGCAUUGAAGGCUCCGGGGACCAGGUGGACACCAACGAGCUGUCGGGCGGCGCUAAAAUCAAUCGCAUCUUCCACGAGCGAUUUCCCUUUGAACUGGUCAAGAUUGUGUUCGAUGAGAAGGAGUUGAGGCGAGAAAUCAGUCACGCAAUCAAGAACGUCCACGGCGUCAGAACGGGCCUGUUCACUCCAGACCUGGCGUUUGAGGUCAUCGUGAAAAAGCAGAUCAUUAAGCUGAAAACGCCCUGUCUCAAAUGUAUCGAUCUGGUCAUUCAGGAGCUCAUCAACACAGUCAGGCAGUGCUCCAACAAGCUCAACUCCUAUCCCAGACUGAGAGAGGAGACUGAGAGGAUCGUCACAACUCACGUCAGAGAAAGAGAAGGGAAGACCAAGGAUCAGGUCCUGCUGCUGAUUGACAUUGAGCUGUCCUACAUCAACACCAAUCAUGAGGACUUCAUAGGCUUUGCCAAUGCCCAGCAGAGGAACACAGCUGCAAACAAGAAGAGGGCCAUACCCAACCAGCUUGGCGGACAGGGAGAAGAUGAGAAGGUGAUCAGGAAAGGCUGGCUAACCAUCAAUAUCAGCAUCAUGAAGGGUGGCUCCAAGGAGUACUGGUUUGUUCUCACCGCAGAGUCCCUGUCCUGGUACAAAGAUGACGAGGAGAAAGAAAAGAAGUAUAUGCUGCCUCUGGAUAACCUGAAGCUCAGAGAUGUGGAGAAAGGAUUUAUGUCCACAAAGCACAUCUUUGCAAUCUUCAACACUGAACAGAGGAACGUGUACAAGGAUCUCCGUCAGGUAGAACUGGCCUGUGAUUCUCAGGAGGAUGUGGACAGCUGGAAAGCGUCCUUUCUCAGGGCAGGCGUCUAUCCCGAGAAGGACCAGACGGAGAAUGAAGACGCGGCCCCAGCAGACACAUUCUCCAUGGAUCCUCAGCUGGAGCGACAGGUGGAAACAAUCCGCAACCUGGUGGAUUCGUACAUCGGCAUCAUCAACAAAUCCACCAGAGACCUCGUGCCCAAGACCAUCAUGCACCUCAUGAUCAACAGUGCAAAAGAUUUCAUCCACUCAGAGCUGCUGGCCUACCUCUAUUCGUCUGGGGACCAGACCACCCUCAUGGAGGAAUCGGCCGACCAGGCGCAGCGUAGAGACGAAAUGUUGCGCAUGUAUCAUGCUCUCAAGGAAGCGCUGCUCAUUAUUGGCGACAUCAGCACGGGUACCAUCUCCACCCCUGUGCCCCCGCCCAUAAAUGACAGCUGGAGGCAAGAAACCAGCCCCACCCCUCAGCGCAGGCAGCCCCCCGCAGUUGCCGCGGCCCCUAGCCGUCCGCCCGCUGCUCGGGGCGCCACACCAGGACCGCCCAUGAACCCUUCCCCGGCUUUCGGAGUACCGCUCAACCCCUCCCCUGCCUUUGGUGCACCCCCCAUCCCCUCGCGGCCAGGACCUCCCAUCAACGCUUUUAACAGCCACCAGGAUCCCUUCAGCGCGCCCCCAAUGAUCCCCUCCCGGCCGGCCCGUGUCCCGCCCGGUGUGCCCAGCCGCAGACCCCCUGGGGCUCCUUCUCAUCGGCCCACCAUUAUUCGCCCUGCCGAGCACUCCCUUCUAGACUAGACGUGCGUGUGUGUGGUCUGUGUGUGUGUGUGUGUGUGUGUGUGUGUGUGUGUGCGUGCGGGCUCGGGGGGGAGGGGCUAACUGAUAACGAGCAUAAUGUGCAUGGUAUCAACAUGUCUCUUGAAGCAAUGUGCUAAUGCUGUUAGUAUCCGUGAACACCAGAAAGCCCUUGCUGUGGAAAUUGUGUAAUACAAAUCCCUGCUGAUCUGUGUGAUGCAUCUAGCUCCCAUCGGUCAAAGAUGAUGUAUGCAAUUCAGUUUGAGAUCCUUUCUACUAUAGUAACUGGUUUAUUUCUUCUGACAAGGUGUCCAGCAGAAGUUUGUUAAAUAACUAAUUAACCGUUGCAGACUGGCUUUCCUCUCCCCUGCCUCCACCUUUUUUGAGACGCCCUCUUCUGUGUAAUACACACACACUUGUUGUUGAUGCUCUACCGUGUUUUCCUUUAAUAACCGAUUCCUAAUGAAAAAUAAUAGCCACUGUUGUUAUUUUGGUGCUGCCACUUACCUUUUUGGGGUGGUUUUUGUGAGGGGUUUUCCUAUUUUAUUUGAGUGGCUUUGUCUUUUUUAAUGACCGCAAUCCGGAAAAAGCAAAGCACACCAAAAAAAAUCACAUUGGAAAAUCUGAAAUCCCACUCUGUGAAUUAUCCUUCCACAACGAGUCAACCAGAGUGGCCGCUGUAAACGGAGCACUCGCAGCCACGUAGCCGUACAACCGUCCUCUGGUAACGGGGACGUUGUGGUCCGUUACCAGGGCGCCAUGCACAGAAAUCCUGCAGGGGGAGAGGGACAGGCCGAAGGCCGUCUGCACUUAGUGAGAUGCGUUCUCGCACGUAAUUCUGAGUUAGACUUGAAGACUUGAAUUAUUAUAAUCCCUUUAGUCUCCGUUGAACCCCCAAAGGGACCUCUGGCCUUCGGGUAGGCUUUGUUCAUUCCUGGAUUAACUGUUUCACAAAAUACAGAUUUCUCUCAGCGAGGGUACAACUUGGUGGGAUGUAGAGCAUGAAGAUGUUAUUCAGCGCUCAGGAGUCGGCACAUCGCUUUCUGACUUGGCUGUCAAGGACAUUUAUUGUUCUGCUUCCAUGCAUUGGAAACCUUGUAUAUAGCUGGCCUAUAAUGGGGAGUUAGCACUUGUAUCUCAUUUCGUUGCCGGGUUGAUGACAAAAACACGCCGAUGAUUCAAAUCGAAGGCCCAACGUUAAUGAAACUGUCGUCGUCACAAUAAAAGGAAACAUUAACUGCCAUUUCAUACGUUAGACUUGGAUGCAGGGGAGAAGAGAUUGGUAAUCUGAUACAUUAUUUAUAAUUGGGGGCAUUUGUUAUUUCUUUGGAUGUUUUUGGGCUGCAAUUGUAAACGCUUUUGCGCUCCAGCUUCUCCUGGACUUUAAUUUUGGGGUUCUGCUACAGGGAUUAGCUGUCUAAAUGUAUUGUUUGUUUAUAUUGUUUGGGCAUGUGGGGGCUACACAUCAUCUACGGAGCUGUGAUCAUUUGAUAAUGAGUGUCUUUUGAUCGCUCUAUGACCAUUUAAAACCAUUUCAGGGGAAAACUGAUCUGUGUGGGGAGGGAAGUUGGGCUACGGGGGUUUUCUGUUUUUUAGAUUUGAUCAGUAGUGGUUGUGAGCAGUAGGUGGUGGGAGCUGUGGUGUAUAUGAAGGCACACUGUCUACAGAACCCGUCUGCACGUUUUUCUGUUCUCACUACUGAAGAGAGGAAUUUAAUUAGCCAAACCGGCAAGAUCAAGAAGCUUUAAAGCCUUCACAAAGGACAGACGCUUGGGACAGUUUGCUUUCUCUUCCCCUGUAUGUCUCUACAGGUCUGGCUGUCAGUGACAGUGUCAAAGGGAUUCAAAUGAGCUCAUAAAACAGCGUCUUAAGAUUGAAGACCUUUUACAUGAAAUCUCCCACAAGCCCUUAAAAUCUUAGUGCAUGAUCUUAGUGAUGAAUGUCUUCUUGGCCCUAGUCCCCAUCCCCUGUCACUUCAGCCUGACCUCGAGAAGCCUGGACUGUAAUUCCCUGUAGUGUGAUGGGUUGUGGUCAUACUGCCUUUCUUCCUAAUGGUUGUGCCCUGUCUUCUUUCCUCUUUCCCUCCUUCCGUGCCUGGACCUGGCAGAAGGGGUUGGAAACCAACCUGUAAAUUUUUUUUUUCUUUUCUUUUUUUUUUUGCAAAUCUUUGUCAAGUGCCUCUGUAGCAAUUAAAUGAUUUAAAUACAUGAAAAUGAACUGAUUUAGGAUGGACAGUAAAUAAAGAGGUGUUGUGUACAAUAAAGGGACUGGCUGUG